AUGUGGUAUCUGAAAUCGCCUCUGCAGGAAAUUACUCAUGAUCCAUCAGCUGAUUACUUUGCCUGGCCAGCCUUAAGGUACCGGUUUGCCAUUGCGCCACACCGGUACUGUAGCAAUUUGUUCUGGCACAUGUUCAAAGAACAUUUGCGAAUAGUGUGGCCGUACGACUUUCGAGACUGCUACAUCAGGAACAUGCAACUGGGAACAUACGGUCUCUCGCCUCUCUUCAAAGAGAAGAUCCACGACUUGCGAUCUUGGACAAUGGCACCAGAUUUCUUUGCCCAAUUUCCCGAGUUAAUGCAGGAUAUACCAAAGUUUCCAGGCCAACCGUCGCCAGCAGUCGCUCUACCAUUCGGCUUGACGCUUUCGCGCGAUGUGGACGGCUCGAAGGCGGCAAGAGAUGAUGACGAAGAGAGAAGCAACUCGCCCAGAACCGAGAACAGCACGAGGGACCAUAUCUUAUUUCCCUCAUUUUCUCAUGUAAGCGGCUUGUUUUUGAGCGAGCUUGGCAUCGACGGCGUGACGGAUUGCUUCGACUUCUGA